AUGAAAGAGUGGAAAGACGAAACGAAUCAGCCUGCGGUUUAAAAUUCCCUACGUCACUUCCAGGGUAACACAGGAAGUGUGAGGUGGCUGUCUGGGCUAGAAGAGCAAUGUCUGCCAUUUUUAAUUUCCAGAGCCUCCUCACGGUUAUCCUGUUGCUCAUUUGCACAUGUGCAUACCUCCGUGCAUUAAUGCCGAGUCUACUAGAUAAGAAUAAAACUGGGUUCCUGGGCAUAUUCUGGAAAUGUGCAAGAAUAGGUGAGAGGAAGAGUCCUUAUGUUGCCGUCUGCUGUAUCGUAAUGGCCUUCACCAUUUUAUUCUCGGAGUAGCAAUGGAUGGCACAACAAGGACUUUAAACAUCUAGAGGAAGGGGGGGGAGGCCAAAGCAAGAUGUGUGACUUAUCAACAUUUGGACUCCAUUGUCUGGUCUGAGCUGGGGUCCCAUUGAAGCACAGUAGUUCUGCCCAGGGAGUGUGCUGGACAUCCUGUGCGUACAGCGUUUGCCUUGCGGACCUACUUUUUGUAAACAUGAUCUUUUCUUUGUUGCUCCCUAUGCAGUGUCCCAUUGGUAUAUCUUCAUGUCACUACCAUUAGCUUGCCACUUUAUCAACCAGAUGUCUUUGGGGGGGGGGGGGGGUAACAGUAACAAGGGACAACAUUGCAGAGUUAUUGAGGAUGUCAGUACAUUAUAGCUCACAAGUAACAGAUACAUAUUUGUUCAUAGAUGUGCAUUUGUUCAUAGAUGUGCAUUCUUAUUACCAAUAUGAUGCUCCUGUGAUUUCAAAUAAUAAGACCAAGUUUGUUUGUUCAGUAAUAUCAUGAUGGGGGGGGGGGGGAUCAUAAAGGGGAUAAUUUUUGACAGUUUUCUUUUUUUUUUAAUUAAAACACAUGGUUUAUUGAACCAAGAAAGUCUGUCAUGUCAAUAAAAGCAUAUUUGUUGUA